AUCAAACAUUCUUUAACUUUGUUACACAAACAUGACCACUUUCACAAAUCCAACAACUUUGUUCCAUCCAAAAAUCAAAAUAACCAAAACUCAUCACACACAAUGCAAGACACUACCCAAAAUCCAAUCAAACUUAUCAACUAAUGAAGAGAAUUUCACAUGUAGACGAAAACUUAUCGCGACUUUUCUAGCCACUCCAUUGACACUAGGCCUACCAUUCACCCCUUUAGCAUUAGCUGAAAAUUGGGGCGUUCGAUCAUUCUUAAGAGAACAUUUCUUUGAGCCUGGAUUGUCCCCUGAAGAUGCAGUAGCACGAAUUCGCCAAACAGCAGAUGGACUACAUAGUAUUAAGGAAAUGUUGGAGACUAACUCAUGGAGGUAUGUCUUGUUUUAUAUUCGUCUUAAAUCAGCUUAUCUUAAACAGGACAUGAAGAAUGCCUUGUCCAGGGUGCCUGAAAGUCGAAAAGAGUCUUAUAUUAAAACUGCCAAUGAGCUUACUGAUAACAUGGCUGAGUUUGAUUACUACAUUCGAACCCCAAAGGUAUAUGAAUCUCGUGUAUUCUAUGAGAAGACGUUGAAAUCGAUUGAUGAAUUGGUGGGAUUACUUGCAUGAUGUCAAGAGUUUUCAUAACAUCAUCAGACUCAGAGGUGAUUGAAAUUAUAUACACUAGCAAUUGAAAUAGUCUCAAUUUUAUGUUCAUUAGUUUGUUCAAAAAAAUGACUUUCUUCAAUAAACAAAUUAGAGCUUAUGAAUA